AUGUGGGAACAAGAAAAAUUCACUGAGACGCUUAGCAUCCAGAGAGAUGGAAAGAACCCGCCAUCCUUUCAAACUGCGGGAGCUGAAACCCAGGUUUACGACCCCGCUCACGGUGGACAGGAGAACGGAAGACGCCGUAACGGGAUUAGUGAAACGGGGACGGGAACGGAUGGAGAGGGGGCCAAGGAAGAGGAACUACCCUUCACACUGGAUGAGGGUACGUUUGCGCAGACCAUAGUGGUCUGCACGGAUCCCUUGUGGGGAUACUUUGCACUCAUCCACGAUGGUCGCCCUUCAGAACAGGCUGUGGCUGCUCUCAUCAUGAGGAAGAUCGGAAAAUGGGUGCAGGAAGAUACCCAGCGGUCACUGCAGCUCACACCUGCAAGCUGA